AAGUCAUGCCGAAGGACAAGUCUGCAAAAUUAGAAAUAAAUCCUCCUAAAUGGAAGAAGUUGAGUUCAAAUGGCAGUCAAGCUCCACCUCAAGAAAUAGCGGAGAUUACAGUUAAAAAGAAAGGGAAAAAGGCGGAGGAUGCUCCAGUGCAGAUUUCCUCCGUAACAAUCGCAGCGGAUGAUAAAAAACAAAAAAAGGACAAGAAGCGCAAAAAGAAGGUGAUGCCAGAGCAAACGCAAACAAAGAAAUCUGAGCUCCCCGAAUCAUCCGGCUGCACCAAAGAGACGCGUGAGCUUGAAGAAGAAGAAGACGACGACCUAAUGGGGGAACUGAGUCCCGAAGAGAGGCGGGUCCUGGAGAGGAAGAUGAAGAAGAUCCUGAAAAAGGAGGAAAAGAAAAGGCUCAUAGCGGACGGAGAGACCAUGAAAAAAGUGGAAGCAGCUGGACCCAGCGCAUCUCAACUGGCCUUGGAUUACCUUACAUGCUGGGCUGAAAACCGUUCGGUGUGGAGGUUCCAGAAGACCAGGCAGACCUGGUUACUGCAGCACAUGUUCGACUCUGAGAAAAUUCCAGAAGAGAAGUUCCCGGUCCUGCUUGAGUAUCUGGAGGGACUCCAGGGUGCAGCAAAGGACACCACGGUGCAGAAGGCCUUAUCCCUGGUGGAGGAGUCUGGACGAGCACCGGAUGACUCAGUCGUCCAGCAGAGGGCGUGUCGAGCCAGAGAAGUUAUUCAGCUGUUUUCCUGACACAUUGCUAGAGACCGACAAUGGGGAAAUUACUCGCUCAUGACAAAAGACUCGAUCAGAGGACUGAGCUGAUCUCAGGCUUGGACCAAAGUGGCUGUUUUUCUAUGAAGAACUUUUGACUGGUCCAGUAUAGUUUAGAUGUUGCAAUUAAAUUCAUCUUUGUUCUCUAUUUUUAAGCAUUGCUCCUGUGCACUUUUUAAGAAGAAGUACAGUAAUUAAUAUGCAACCAAACAAGAAACCGUUUAAACCCAAAAGGUCAUUUUCGCUCGUGACAUUUUCCAACUCAGAUAUGAGGAGGUUUACAAGUAGAUGUUAAGUUUUGACAGAAUGGCAGAACUCAAUCCUUUCAGAGUAUUUGUAUUCCCCAAAAUGAAGUGGCAAGCUUUGAAACCUGUGGAGUUAUUUCUCAGGAAUGUUUGUACUGGAGACAUGUUGGUGCACGUCAAGGCCCAAACGUAAUCAGUGAAGUCGUUGACAUGAACGACUUAUUUUUCUCUGUAGAUAUGAUCAGGCAAAGCAUGUUUUGUUUUGAUAACUCAUAUAAACACAACCCGAACUUGUCAUUCCUGUUCCAAACGUGUGCAUUUCAGUUUCAUUGCGUUUUUCUAACUAAUUUACAACUGAUAUUGAGAUCAGUUUUUACAAUCUACAUAACGGAUGCAGUUUUAAACUGGAAAAGAUCAACCUGCUGAUUCAAGGAAUAAGAAGACAAAAUGUGCACUGACACUCCUGUUUCAGGUUGCAAAGAUACAGGAGGGAGGCUGCAUAGCUCCAAUUCUUGUUGAGACAAGUCUUCACAGGAUGAAACUUUCUCCAGUCCAUUUAACAUCCCUUGAAUGUGAGUGUUUGACAGCUGCAUCCUCUGUGCACUGUUUCGUCCUCACUUUCUGCUUUGUGCUUUGAGUCAUCAGAUGUGGGUAUCGGCUUGUAAUUCAGUUCACAGAAGUAUGCCGAACUUCCACAAGGACACAGCUGCGGUACAUUCUUUUACUGCUCCUUGCAAGGCAUUUAAGGAAUGAGUCCUUCCAAGAUGGCAUACUAGAUCAGUUUCUGGUACCGCAGGCAGGUGGAUGGUGGAAAAAUAAGCUGACAUUGCACAAAAACACGAGGUGCACAUGUAGGUAAAGGCAGGUGGGGUCAAUGGAUGGAUAAAUGUGCUGAACCACACUUGAUGUUUUGAAAAAGUCUUUAAAAAGCCAGUAAAUGUUUUUUUCUGAUGUCAUGCAAAUAUGUACCAGUUUUCAUACUCUAAAGCAUUCCAUAAUACAUUAGGAAGAUACUAAAGAUAUGUGAUAAAGCUUUAAAUCAGAGUGAAAAAACCGACCUACCGUAGCUCCAAAGCUUGUGCAAAAAAUUGUUUACAUUUAAGGUAUAUCAAUUCCAAUUUUGCUUUCAUGUUAAUUUAAUUAGCUAAAUAAAGAAAAUAGCAUUGUACAUCGUGGGAAUAAGCAUGUUGUCUAAAAAAACAUUGUCUGUCAACUUAAAAUCCAGUUAUACCGUCAAUCGAGAAGUAAUGUCACACAAAUUUGUUAAAUUGAAAAGGAUUACUGUGAUGAGAGCAGAAAAUCCCAACACAAAGAGCUUGGAACAAUUAGUAUUUAUUCAGUGACACACUGAAGCACACUCAACACAUCCAUUAACCCAUAUCAGUAUUGGUCUGAUGCAUUAACACAUGCACCUGAUCUGGCGUUAAUGGAUGGCGGUGAGUGAAAGCACUGCUUCAUCAUGAUGUCAACAAUCCAGUCCCCCACAUACAGACCAAGUAGACGAAAGAAAUUAUCCAGUGUGCAGC